CAGGUUUUAUUGUCUUUUAUCUUUUAAUUUUUAACUUCGUGCUCUAAGGAAUUAAUCUAUUUAAACUUUAUUUUUCUUAAUUUUCCACUUAGUAUCUAGUGCAAUAAAUAUCACGGCAAUUCAAAAUGAUCGAUACCGAUAGAUUGCGAAAUUGGCUUAAACAGUAUCAUAAUCCCGAUGUCGCCUAUAGAGAAAUAAUCAGCGUUACUAACCAGUACAAAGGCUUACAACCGGAACAAAGCCUUUACAAUUUCAACGAUGGAUCAAUGAUUGAACUGGUUAAUUUAAGCGGAACGAUACCUGUUAGAUACAAAGGAAGCGUUUAUAACAUCCCCAUAUGCAUCUGGUUGAUGGAUACCCAUCCCCAAAACGCCCCAAUUUGUUACGUGAAACCCACCUCGGAUAUGUCCAUAAAAGUUUCCAUGUUCGUCGAUCAGAGCGGGAAGAUUUACCUGCCUUAUUUACACGAUUGGUUACCGAACGAAUCGGAUUUACUAGGCCUAAUUCAGGUGCUAAUAGUGACCUUCGGCGAGCAACCUCCGGUGUUUGCCAAAGCCAGUGAUCCCUACUCAUCGAACACCUUUAUGUCCCAACCGUCGGGCAGCUACAUGCCUCCCUAUCCGACCGGCUACCCGCCCGCGAACAACUUCGGGGGCUACCCGCCCUAUCCCCCGACCAGCAACAACGCGUACCCCGGCUACGCCCCCUACCAAACGCCCUAUCCGCCCUACCCGGGCAAUAAUUUCGGCGCCCCACAGCCGCCCGUCGGCACCGGCACGAUCAAAGAAGAACACAUCCGGGAGUCCCUGAUGACCGCCUUGGAGGAGAAGCUGUUGCGCAGAAUGAAGGAGCAAUUCCAACAGAACCAGGCCGAAUUGGACACGCUGAAGAGGACCCAAGACGAGCUGAGGCAGGGCAAAUCGAAGUUGGACGGUAUACUGAGCAGGCUCGAAAAGGAGAAGAACGAUUUGGAUAAGAACAUCACGAUGCUGCAGGAUAAAGAGCAGGAAUUGGAGAAGGCUAUAGAGAGGAUCAGCAAUCAGGAAUCUAUAGAUGUCGACGAUGCUGUGACCACGACGGCUCCUUUGUAUAAACAAUUACUGAACGCUUUCGCGGAAGAGGCCGCCUUGGAAGAUACGAUUUAUUACAUGGGCGAGGCGCUCCGGUGCGGGGUGAUCGAUCUCGACGUGUUCCUGAGGCAAGUCAGGAGCCUGUCGAGGAAACAAUUCAUGCUCAGAGCUUUGAUGCAGAAAUGUCGACAGAAAGCCGGCUUGAACGUUUGAAUACUCGUAACGUAAGGAAAUCGUUGUUUAACAACAGUAAUCGUUAAGAUUGAUUUUGUAUAAUAAUGACCCUUUCAAUGAAUGCUUUGUUCACUUUAAUAUCGUUUUUCUGCAGAUAAACAAGUUGCUCGUUUUGCCACUGUGUUGUUUGGGUCUUUAAGAAACUUUUAAGUUCACGUUCAUUUUUAUUUGUAUUGUUAUAGGAAUAUGUAAUCAGGAAUAAUAAAAUUAUAUAAAUG